AUGAUCAAGGAAGCUAUCCUCAACCUCAAAGAGCGCAAUGGUAGCAGCCGUCAGGCAAUCAAGAAGUACAUCCAAGCCAACAACAACCUCGGCGCCACCACCGAUGCGCAGUUCAGCAACCACAUCAGCAAGGCUCUCCAGGUUGGUGAGGAUGCGGGAGUGUUCUCGCGCCCCAAGGGUCCUUCUGGUCCCGUGAAGCUUGCGAAGAAGGAUGCGAAGCCUGCCGCCUCCAAGACAUCACCACCUGCGAAGCCUGCCGCAAAGAAGGAGAAGGAGGCUCCUGCUAAGGCCGCCCCUGCCAAGGUAAGAUGCUGUCGGCCUAACAUGAUAAGUUCGUGCGUUGACGCGUCUUCACAGAAGUCCACAUCUACCAAGGCAGCACCUAAGAAGGCCGCACCUGAAAAGAAGGCCACCGCUUCCAAGGCUGCUCCCAAGAAGAAGGCCGACACCGCGAAGCCUAAGGCUAAUGCUGGCCGACCACGCAAGACUGCUGCCCCUGCUCCUGCAGUCGAGGACAAGCCUGCCGUCGUCCUGGGCAAGACCAAGUCCGGCCGUGUCACCAAGUCCAGACAACCUGCCGCGGUUGCCAAACCAACACGUAAGGCUGCUGCGGCAACGAAGAAGACAUCUGCGAAGAAGGCAACCCCCAAGAAGGCCACACCCAAGAAAGCCAGCGCAUGA